GAUUACCGUAAUGUACUGCCGGCUGCCAAGGGAUUAUCCUGGUUCGAUAACAAAACAUCCUCGAGGGCAAUCUUCACCACGGACCACGUUCCAUGUCCUCGUCCGCUUGUUUUUAUCUGAAUGGAAAAAGGGAGACUUCGGACUUUCUUCUCCAGCUCAAUUUGUUUCUCCCUCCUUCUCUCUUUCAUCUGAAUGCCCGCCAUUUCUUUGUCUGCACCACCGUAUACCUAGCUAGUGCGGCCAGCAAUAGCCCAUCAUCACAAGCUUCGCCAGAUCCUGCCAAGGCCCACGACCUAGACGGGCCAGUCCCAGCUCUGCUGCUCAGCCCUCCGGUCUAAACAAUAAGCCAGUCCACAUCACAACCAUCCCACCAGAACAUCACCACUUGCGCUGAUUCCAAACCUGAUAUCCCACCAUUGAAUUGUCACCAAGCAUCCUCGCAAUAUCACCCACAGGCCUCUGCAGAUCGCGUCCGAACUCUUCAACAUCCGCCCAAUGCCCACCAACAAAGAUGCGUCCCUUUGAACCCGGCUCACGCAUUUCGUGUCGCAGUUCCUAACAACGACCCUUGCCCGAGUGUCUCAUUAUCUGGGGAAACGCAGGGCAGCAGAACACUUGAAGUUGUCUGCCUGCAGUAUCCGCUGCAAUGUAUUCCAUCCUUUUAGACAUUUGGGCGCAGGUGCGGUCUAUGAAGCCGGCCUUCAUCUCCAAGACGCCCCAUUUCAACUUCAUCACUGUCCAUUAUUUCUGGAUUCUUGGGAUGACAAUAUUCAGUUCCUUGUGCCUUUAUAUCCGAUCAGAUCUCCGAUACAUCGAUGCGCUGUUCUUUGGCAGUGGCGCUGCGACCCAGAGUGGUCUAAAUACCGUGGACUUGAACAAAUUAAAUACAUGGCAACAGAUCGUGGUAUAUAUAGUGCCCAUGAUGACGAAUCCGAUCACGAUCAAUAGCUUCGUGGUAUUCCUACGGCUAUACUGGUUCGAGAAACGGUUCCAGCACAUUGCGAGGGAGUCGACAAAGAACCGGAGGAGCAUAGCCAAGACCUUUUCCAAGGCAAGGACAAACGAGCGAGAUAUUGGAGAAGAAGAGAGGGGAGUCAAUGGCAGGAGUAUCGUGGUAAUGCAUGAGAGUACGAGACCAAAUGGGAUGACGAAUAAAGACGCUUCGCCUGGGGAUUUUGAGGACCAACUCGAAAAAGACAAGGCAAUGGCAGGAGAGCGGACUCGAUCAUCACAGUCAUCGCAGGGCACGAGUAAGGGUCAGAGUUCAGAAACUGCAGAAGAUGAAAAGCUGGAUACAGUGGAAGACCAUCUCCGACCUCACCAGAUCAAGUUUGCGGAACAGGUAAAACGCAGUGAUGGGCUGGCAGAUCAACCAAUUCGGAUGCCAGCUCAACGAAGUAAUGAGGACCAUAUCGCUUUUUUGGAGCGUCAGCGGAAUCAGGACGAAGGAAAGGUACUUCGCAUUCCCGGUCCUCGAGAUGCCGAUGCAGGCGUAGCUCCCGUCACAGUGGACGAGCAGGAUCCUCUCAGUCAGAUCAUGUCCCGAGGAGAGUCCGGAUUCUCGGGGCACUUCCCUCACCAUGAACAAGUACCUACUGCUCAACUGAACGAUGAUGACCAUGAUAUCCAGCCUGUGAGGCGGAACAUUACGAUCGCUGAACCUGUUCGAUCACCUGUACAUGAACACGUUGCGGAAGACGCAAAAGCAGCCAAGAACACUCUAAGUGUACUUAGACUACGAAGACCCCGAAUUUUCGGCGGAAAGAGAGAUGACGAUCACGUACCCCAUGCCCGGAGAACAGCCACUCUUCAGACAAUCAAAUCAGCACUCUCCAGAGAGAAGGACGAUACCAUGCCAUACUUGAGCUGGGAGCCCACUGUAGGACGUAAUUCCGCCUUCGUGGACCUGACAGAAGAGCAGCGAGAGGAAUUAGGCGGGAUCGAGUACAGGUCUUUGAAGUCUCUUGCUAUGAUUCUGACUGCAUAUUUUGUGGGCUUCUCUAUCUUUGGCGUCAUAUCCCUCACCCCGUGGAUUUACAAUGACAGAACCUACGGGGAUGUUGUCAGAAAUGCUGGCCAAGGCCGCGCGUGGUGGGGGCUUUUUACAGCAAACUCUGCUUUUACGGAUUUGGGCUUUACUCUCACACCAGACAGUAUGAUAUCCUUCCAGAGAGCUCAAUGGCCGCUUAUUCUGAUGUCAUUCUUGAUCAUCGUGGGCAAUACUGGGUUUCCGAUCAUGCUUCGAAUCAUCAUAUGGGUGACUUCGAAAUACGUUCCUAAAGCGAGUGGUAUCUGGGAGGAGCUAAAGUUCUUGCUCGAUCACCCGCGUCGAUGUUUCACUUUGUUAUUUCCUUCCAAGGCAACAUGGGUGUUGUUCUGGAUUUUGGUGGUCUUGAACGGUCUCGACUUGCUGUUCUUCAUUAUCCUCGAUCUUGGUAACUCUACUGUAACCGAUCUCCCGACCAACAUUCGUGUCUUAGACGGCUGGUUCCAAGCCGUUUCAACCCGUACAGCAGGAUUCGGCGUGGUCAACCUCGCGGCACUCCAUCCCGCAAUCCAGGUUUCUUACCUCAUCAUGAUGUACAUUUCCGUUCUUCCUAUCGCUAUUUCUGUACGUCGUACCAACGUUUACGAAGAGAAAUCGCUCGGAAUAUAUGGCUCGGCGGCUGAAGAGAACGACGAUGAAAACGAGCCUUCAUACAUUGGUGCCCAUUUGCGUCGUCAACUUUCAUUCGAUUUGUGGUAUAUAUUCUUGGGAUUCUUCAUCAUCACCAUCUCCGAGGGCAAGCGAAUCCAGAGUGGAGAUCCAGCCUUCACUAUGUUUUCAGUCCUCUUCGAGAUUGUCAGUGCAUACGGUACUGUCGGCCUCAGUAUGGGCUACACCAAUAUCAACGCCUCAUUUUCCGCAGAAUUCGGCGUCAUUGCCAAACUUGUCAUAAUAGCUAUGCAGAUCCGUGGCAGACAUCGUGGUCUUCCUUACGAGCUUGAUCGAGCUAUCUUGCUCCCUAGCGAACAUCUCCAAAAGAAAGAAGCAGAUGACGCGGCUAUACGUGCACGAAGACGGUCGUCAGUGGGAACCAUGGGCGGACCUAUCAGUAGCGGCGCGGCCAAGACCAGAAAUAGUCGUAGCAUUGAACGCUCUGCGUCGAAUAUUCUUGGCACACUCCUCCAUCCUGGUCCAACGAUUCCCAACAGUCACCGGAAUGCCUCUUAUCGCCCUGACUCUAGGUACAACAGACCCCGGAGAGCGAGCACUACAUCUGCGGGUAGAUGGAGCCGUGCAACCAGGAGUAUCAGCCCAGGGCAUCCAAUCCCCUUCGAUGGUACAACCGAGAAGAGAGGGCGUCCAGAGGGUAGGAGGAGUUUCUUUCAAGAAGGCGUCAAUCCUCCACCUCCUGAGGAAAUGACUGCAACAACUACAACAACCAACAACACUGGCGUGAAGAACGCAUAAUGGAACACAUCAGAAUCAAGUAAGCGAGGCGCAGGCGGUGUAUUUUUGCUAGAACAUUUGGCACCUCUUCAACACAUCGAAGAGUUGUAUUCCUUACCCACAGAAAAUAUCGGGCAUCAUCUUACUGGGAAGUACAGUGAUGAAUUAGUACGACCUUGUAAUUAUUUGGAGUUGCUUGUUUGAACAUAUGGCACACGAUAUCUGCUGGCGUUUUUCUGGGCUGGGAGGUCAGACUUGUAGAAUUGUUUGGAGGGUUAGACUUCUGCUGGUCCGUUUUGGGAGGCGCUAGAAUGAAUGGUGUAUAGCUGAUAAUAUAUGUAUAUGAAUAUGAAUGGCUUGCUAUUGAAC